CCGGAAGUGGCGGACUCGUCUGCUCAUCAAAACAAAAACAUUUCACAGUCGAUCUGUAACCUGACCGCUUUACAAAUAUGACAGUUAUAUGACGGAAAGUAUGAUACUAACAGAUUUGCAUGGAGCGAUAGACAGCGCUGAGACAAGCAGCUAGUCGUUUGUAGCUUUAAUAUUUUCAAAUUUAACGUUAGCUUAACAUAGCCGUUAGCUUUCCCGCUCCAUGGCGUCCUCAGCGGGACUCCCACCGAUCGGCCCGAACCGAGCUGCUUCAUCCUCCGCAUCUCAUUCCUGGGUAAGGUCAUCUCUCCGGCCCCAUCACCCCCAUCCGGCUCACGUCUCCCCGGGAUGUGUGAUGAUGGAGUCUGUGGACGACGCGGAGGGGCUGUACGUGGCGGUCGAGCGGUGUCCCCUGUGUAGCACCUCCCGCCGUAGGCUCACCUGUGCCCGGUGUGUCCAGGCCGGUGAUUUCGUGUACUUCGACGGGAGGAACACGGAGAGAUACAUAGACAAGGUGGAGCGGCUGAGGAAGCUGAAGGAGGAGAAGGAGCAGCAGCAGCAGCGAGUCGUCCUGGCCAUGGACAAGAAGCUGCAGGCUGAUGAGAUGAAAUGGAAGAUCAUGUCCUGUACGAUGAAGAUCAGGCAGCUGAAGGAGGCGGUGGCCUGGGCCAACGAGGAGCUGAAGAGCGAUAAGGAGCUGCUCCAGCACUCCCAGGAGGAGAGUCAGCGGCUGCAGCGGCGGGCCGGACGUCACCAGGAGAAACGGGACAAAAUUGAGCGUCACAACCGUCGUCUCGGGGAGCUGCUGGAAAGACGCAGCAGAGAGCUGCAGAGCAGGCUCAGUCAGCUGGCUGCCCUGAGACGAGAACACAUCCUGGAGCUCACCACGCACAUGUUCCCCACACAGGAGGAGAAGCAGGGCAGCAGAGACCCUGCGGAUGUGGUGGCGGAGUGUGACCCGGCGUUGACUUCCAGCACGGUGAGCGAGCUGGCCGAGGCUCGGAGGACCACCUACCUGUCAGGGCGCUGGAUCUGGGACGACCAGAACGGUGAGACCAGCAUCAGCAUCACGGGACCCCUGGUCACACUGCCCAGCAAUGGAGACUGCUCUGCCUACUACACCUGGGUGGAGGAGAAGAGCACCAGUCAGGGCCCAGAGAUGGACCACAUUAACCCAGCUCACACCAUCAGUGCUGCUCUUUGCUACGCCACGCAGCUCGUCACCAUCCUGUCUCACAUCCUGGAUAUCAACCUGCCCAAGAAGCUCUGCAACAGUGAGUUCUGUGGAGAGAACCUGAGUCGAUACCGCUUCACCAGAGCUCUGAGCAAACUCAACACCAAUGUCCUCCAGCUGUGCUUCUCACAGCAUGUAGACAGUGAGAAGCUCCACCCUCAUCACACUCUGAGGAACAUCAUGUUUCUGGUUUCCCCCGACAACGACAGCCUGGGCAGGACUGGUCCGUUCGAGGUGAGCGCUGAUCUGGAGGAGUCGAUGGAGUUCGUGGAGCCAGAGGCCACAGGCCCAGCAGAGGAUAGCGAAGACGAGGCUGUGACGGAUGAGGAGACAGACCUGGGGACAGACUGGGAGACGGUGCCCAGUCCACGAUUCUGUGACAUCCCUUCACAGUCCAUGGAUCUUUCCCAGAGUGCAUUGCAGGUGUCCCAGCCCUCUGCCAACACUGGAGGCAUGAUCUCGUCUGCUGCUGCCUCUGUCACCUCCUGGUUCAGAGCGUACACCGGCCAGCGCUGAUCGAGCCAGACUGGACCAGAUCUUAUCACAUGAACCAGGACCGGGCUGGUUCAGAUCUGCACUCCUGGAAGUUUAAGCAAAGUGGCCCGGGGUCAGAGGUCAGGCUGGCAGGUCAGCAGGAUGAUGAGACGCCUGUCAUACCAGCAUUAUGUAACUUUAUGAAGCUUAAUGAAACUUUAAGGCUCAUGAGCGAAAUCAUUGUCACCAGUGUGUCAGAGGACGUACACGUAUGACGAAACAGCCACGUACAAAGUGGCGUGUUUUGUAGCAUCACGAUAAACUGAAACUGCUGAAGCUAGGGCAAGAAAAGUAAACGAGGCAGAAACAUUUAAUUCUGAUUGAAAUGUCCUGUGUAAGUUAAACUAGAGGUGCAAGCAGGCGUACCUGGGGCCCGACAGCGACACACUACAGACACUGUGCGAUUGUCUUCUUACAGUUUCAUGAAGCUGUGUCAACCUUAUUUCAACGUUCAGCGUGUUGUCGAGUAUUAAAAACAGACGUGUCCAAAUGAAAACUAAACAGCCAGUUGUUCUCACUGAGCGUCUGAACUGCUAAAUUCUUAUUUCUCAUACGUUAUUUCAGUUGUUGAGGAAAACUGUUUAAGCAAGACGUUACCCCUGAAGGGUUAGCCCCAGGCUGACUGUUAGAUGAGGGCCCUCAAACUGUGACCCUGUCUUUACUGUACUCUGCUGUGUCGUCCACUUCAGCCUGCCAGUGUCAGCUUUUCACUGAGUGCAAGAGAGAAAAAUAGUGUGGGAAAGUGAAAAACUGAGUCUGAAGUCUGACCCAGUUGGACAAUACACACAAAGCUGUGACUCCACGCUUUGCUCUGUCAAAGCCGAUGGUAGAAAACGUUCAUUAUUAUGUCACAAAUUCAUGUUGACGAUUUGUCUGUACUCGACCAAAGAUCACGUGUGAGGGAAGAAGCUCUACCUGAUCAUUAGGAUCAGCUCAGGACACCUAUAGCUGCUGUUAGAUCCAAGUGUUCAUUGAUUAUUUAACUAUAAAACACCUGAUGCUCUUGCUUUUUACCACCUCAUAUGCAACACGAGCAUCAUUGUUUAUCUGGAGGAUUAAAAGUGGGUUAAUUGGUGGGCAGAUCAGGGCCUCGUCUUCGAUCUGAUUUUACACAACGCAAACAGACACCGUGACAACACUAGAGGAAGAUGUCAUAUUCAGCAGAGGAAACAGAUGCAGUGACAGUGUUGCUUACUCAUCAGCCGGACAAGCUGAGUUCAAAACCUUCGCUGCUGUUGUGUUGACUCUGGGCUGCUCUCAUGCACUGAACUGCUUCUCACUCACGCGUACUGUUAAUUUCUGAGGAGGAGGAAACCGCAGGUUACACCAGGUAGGAUACACCCUGAUGCACACUUGAUUGUGUAGUUUAAAGCAAGUCUCUCUGUGGCUCAGCUCCUCCCGAGGACACCCAGAAGUGCAGGCUGCUGUAGAAAGAGAAUGAGCAACGAUUUGGUAAAACAGCUGUAAUGUUUUCACUGAAGAAGUUGGACCCUAUUCUAAACAUUAAUAAACAGUAAAAAUGGCCUUAAAUCUACUUCUAAACCAUAUUCACAUAGUGUCUUUUGACCAUUUACCAGAUGUUUCAUAUGGUGACUAUAAAUAACACAGACGUUUCUGUUACUUCCUGCUACGGAGUCGGGAUGUUUUGUCCUGCCAGCCUGAACCUGUGCUCACCAAAAAGGGGAACUUUUAUUUUUCAUUUUCUUCAGCUAGUUGUUCUUGUCCCUGUGAUGAUGGGAGCCUGUGUUUCACAAACAAACCGACUUGUGAGCACUGCUGUGAUGAUGAUGCUGACAUUACAUUGCUAACUAACAAUGGUGACCAUGGUGAUGACGAACCCUCCAGACCGAACUGAACGGACACAAGGGACACCAUUCACACUGGACUGUUACAGUCCAUUUAUAGAAUAUUUAGUUUGUUUAAAUAAAGAGCCUUUUUUCCUUCAGGGUGGAAAAAUGUUUCCCACUUAAGCUGGAAAAAACAAAGAACACUGUCAAACCAGAUUCAGUUCAAGAUGAUGCCGGGACGGACUGCGUGUGAUGAGUUUAAGUAAACGUGGAGGAGGGUAUACUCGGGCUCAGCCACCAACACGUUGAGAGCUGAAGGUGUGUCCGAGUUGUUGCUGGAACCAAAUGUCUGUCUGAAGCAAUAUCACACUCGGUUUAAGGGAUGUGAGGAAGAAUCACUGACCUGUGUCUCUGUGGUUCUUCUGUUAAAGGAAAAAAGUGUGUUAAAGCAUGUGUGGGUUUUCUCUGUCUUACCCUGACAUGGUCUAAUUUAAAAUAAAUACUUUUCUGGUU